ACCAUGUCGAAGGCCAAUGUCUCCAGUGUGAGCAUAUGUGCAGAGCAAAGUUCAAGGCCUAUAGAUCUGCCAGUGAGCGAUCUUGACUUAGAUAGCACUAUUGAUGAAAGUAUUGAUCAAAGUGCAGUGAACCGCGCGAUUUUAAUGAGUUUGAAUCGCUUAAACUAAAAUUUUACAAGCUUUACUGAGCAAUAUCAGGAAGAUGAUGUUGAAAUAGAUUCUCAGCCAACUGACGACCAUGUUGAGAAUCCAGAAAAUGUCGAUAUUCAGGCGGACAAUGAUAGUUUAAUUCAAUCAGGCGGACAAGUUGACCGUGUUAGUGCCGACAUCACUAAUGACAAUGCAAAUGAAGCUGAAAUUUUGCAAUAUGAGCAACAAUUAGAUCUUAACGUUGAUGUUAAAGGGCCAGCAAUUAGUCAGAAAAUUGGCGAUUUGGUUAAUAAAUUGCGACUGCAAAGAGUAAGCCAAGAUCAAGCUAAAGCGAUCGCCAAACGUCAUAAUACACCCGAAAAUUUCAGUCAACACAAGCUGCAUUGUUAGGUUCUAUUAAUUGCCAGCUUGAAGCAACUAAUUCCUUGCUGUCGGCUAAUGUGUCCAAAGAUAUUCUAAACAGUUGUUUAGAUGGCCUCACACUGGCAAUGACUGCUAAUUAUGAGAUCAAUCAACGACGAUGGGAUGCUAUCAGACCUCAAUUUAAAGCGGAAUUUGCCAAGGGGCUUUGUAGUACUACGAGUCCAGCUGACGAAUUUCUUUUUGGAGGCGACACUGCUAAACGCGUUAAAGAGAUGGCCGAGUUCAACAAACACAAAGUGUGUAAAGGCUCGACCAGUUUUCGUGGACGAGGUCCGAGAUUUCACCCGUAUGCUACGAGAGGUUUUCGAGGCGGUUCAAUGCGUGGUAGAAGCCAGCGUGGCCACGGUUCUCAGUUUGGUUCUGGUUUUCAUCAGCGCCAGAAUUUUCAGAAUGUGCCCCAGUACGAGCGAAAGGCAAGCAACCAAAAGCCCACUCGCAACUGGUAUGUUGACUUAUUAACUAAUGUUAAAUCACUUAUUUCUGAGCAGCCAGGUUUUAGGGCUGGUAAUACUAAGAAUUGUGUUUCUAAAUGGUCAGAGAUCACAUCUGACCCAGAGAUUUUAGAUAAUAUAGAGCAUUGUCACAUAGAGUUCAUUGAUGACCCUUCUAAAUAUAGCAUUCCAGGGCAUCAGCAUUUUAAUGUCCACCAACAUGAUAUUAUUAGUAAGGAAGUAGAUAAACUACUGCAGCUUGGAGUCAUAUCAAAAUCGAUGCAUGCUGCGGGAGAAUGUAUAUCUCCAAUUUUUGUAGUACCAAAACCGGAUGGUUCAUAUCGAUUGAUUUUUAAUUUUAAGCGCUGUAACCAGGCUGUUCUUUACAGACAUUUCAAAAUGGAUACGCUUGCUGCAAUUCUUAGUCUUGUUACUCCAGGAGCCUAUAUGGCUUCUAUUGAUUUAAAGCAUGCAUAUUACACUAUUCCUAUUGCAGACGAACAACGGAAAUUUCUCAAAUUCGUUUGGAAUGAACAACUGUAUGAGUUUUGUGUACUGCCCAUGGGGCUAACUAGUUCUCCCAGAAUUUUCACCAAAGUCAUGAAGCCAGUUUUGGCUACUCUUCGACAAAAAGGACACAUUAACAGUGGUUUUAUUGAUGACUUUUAUUUUCAAGGUCAGGAAUUUUCGGAUUGCGCAGUUAAUGUAUCGGAUAGUGUCAGACUUUUUAUUAGUCUCGGGUUGCAUGUCCACCCUGACAAAUGUGCAUUGAUACCCUCCCAAGAGCUCUUAAUUUUGGGGUUCUUAAUAAAUAGUUUGUUAAUGAUAGUAAAACUUCCCCUAGAGAAAAAGGUCAAAUUGCGAGAUCUCUGUUUACAGGCUUUGCGUGGCAACAAACUUACAAUUCAAUUCGUUGCUAGUGUUAUUGGUACACUUAUCUCUGCCCUCCCUGGGGUUGAGUUUGGUCGGUUACACUAUCGCAAUCUUGAACGCGAUAAAAUUAACGCCCUUGCACGGAAUAAUGGAAAUUAUCGGGCAUUUAUGCACCUUUCUGAGGCAGCAAAGCAGGAGCUUCAGUGGUGGACUACACAUGUAAUGCAUGCAUCUAGGCGACUACGUCAUCCCGUCAUCUCCUAUAUCUUUCAGACUGAUGCUAGUGAUCUUGGCUGGGGCGUAACGUGUACUACUAAUCCUCAGUUACAGUCUCAGGGUUUGUGGACAAGUGAACAGCGUACCCUACAUAUUAAUGUAAGGGAACUGUAUGUUGUUUUUAUAUGUUUAACAAUAUUUGGUAUGGAGAAGUCUGACGUCCACAUUAAAUUCGAGUUAGACAAUAUGACUUCCGUUAGUUAUAUCAAUCACAUGGGGGGAUGUAGAUCUUCUGCUUGUGAUACAGUAGCCAGAAAGAUUUGGGCGUGGUGCAUUUCCCACAAUAUCUGGGUCACUGCUAAUUAUAUUCCAGGACCCAGCAAUGCAGUUGCAGAUUCACUUUCUAGAAAACAUCUGUCAGAUCAUGAAUGGCAGCUUAAUACGGAUAUUUUUCACAAACUCUCCAAAAAAUUCCCUAAGUUUAGUAUUGAUCUGUUUGCAUCUUUGUUGAACAGACAGGUAGCACGGUAUGCCUCUUGGCACCCGGAUCCACAUGCUGCAAUAGUGGAUGCUUUUAGUGUAUCAUGGGCGAAUGAAUAUUUUUAUGCUUUCCCUCCUUUUAGUCUCAUUCCGAAAUGUCUGGAGAAAAUCUCUCGAGACCAAGCCGAAGGGGUUUUACUGGUCCCUGCAUGGCCCACACAAACAUGGUACCCUCUUCUUCUACAGAUGCUCAUUCAGCAGCCAAAGCUGUUGUUGUGGACCCCUCAAGUGGACUUAUUGAGACACCCAUUAGGCAAGGUUCACAGCAUGCAAGGAAAACUGAAGUUGAUGGCAUGUCCCUUGUCCGGCAACAUUAGCAGAACCAGGGCUUUUCUGACCACAUUACCGGUGUACUCCUCGAUUCAUGGCGAACUUCUACACAAAAACAGUAUGCGAGUUAUCUUAAAAAAUGGAAUUUAUUCUGUCGUGAAAGGAAAAUUCUUGCACAUUCCCCUGCUUUAAAUCAAGUUUUGGAAUUCUUGUACACACAAUUGCAUUUAUCAUAUUCUAGUAUUAACAGUGCCAGAUCAGCGUUAUCAUGUUUUCUUUCUAUUGGUAACUUUCCAGUGGGGAAGCACCCAAUAGUUUGUCGUUUCCUAAAAGGGGCAUUUGAACGGAAACCACCUGCUAAUAAGCAUCAUGCUAUCUGGGAUGUCCAAACAGUUUUGGCUUAUCUGAAAACGUUCACCCCUAACAGUGGUUUACGUCUUAAAGAGCUUAGUCACAAAUUACCAAUGUUAUUGGCUUUGGUGACUAUUCAGCGGAAGCAAACUUUAAUACACUUCAAUAUUAACAAUGGCUGCAUGAUACAAUCAGAUGUUCAAUUUGUGUUUGUUCUUGAUAAGCAUAUCAAACAAAGCAGACCAAAUUAUUCAGUUCCACCUGUUAUUGUUCCUAGAUACAAUUUGGAUCCUGAUGUUUGCCCAUAUUUAUGUUUAGAAGCGUAUCUUGAGAAGACUAAACAUUUACGACAAAGUGUCAAUUUACUCGUUGCAACGAUAAAACCGCAUCGUGCUAUUGGAUCUCAAAUUUUAGCUCGAUGGAUUAAAAUUGUCUUAGCCGGUUGGUAUUGA